AUGGUAUGCAGCAGGACAAGUACACAGCUUCAAGAGCUGAAUUUAUAUAAGUGUGUUGGGAUGAAGGAAUUAUUUGAAACUCAUGGGAUCAAUAACAGCAACAGUUGUUGUGAGGAAGGAAGUGGUGGAAUUCCAAGACUAAAUAAUGUUAUUAUGCUUCCCAAUCUGAAGAUAUUGAAAAUUGAAUAUUGUGACCAUUUGGAACAUAUAUUCACAUUCAAUGCACUUGAAAGCCUGACACAGCUCAAAGAGUUAACCAUAAAUUGCUGCUACAGAAUGCAAGUGAUUGUAAAGAAGGAAGAAGAUGCAUCAUCAUCAUCAUUGAAGGAGGUUGUGGUCUUCCUUCGUCUAAAGUCCAUUACACUAGUUGAUCUACCAAAACUUGUGGGUUUCUUCUUGGGGAUGAAUGAGUUCCAAUGGCCAUUAUUGGAUGAUGUUACAAUCAAGUAUUGCCCCCCAAAUGAUGGUAAACAUAGUCUUGGAGAAUGUGGCCUUAACUUGCAUGUGCCAACCACUGCACAUCAUCAGUGCCAAGAUUUCAGACGUUGGCAAAAGAAGAUGCACUUCUGGUUGACCACUUUGAAGGUUGUGUAUGUUCUUUCUACUCCAAAACCAGAAAAGGUUGAAGAUGCAAGUCUGGAACAGAUCAGAAGGAGAAUCAAAUGGGAGAAUGAUAACUACAUCUGCCUCGAUCACAUUCUUAAUGAUUUCAAGCACCAUCUGAAAAAUAGAAAGGAAGAGAUAAGUUUGAUUCAACUUGGGAGUCAUUUGAAAAUCGAAGAAGGACUUCGUGAUCAAGAGAAUGAUAAAGGAACUGGAAAGGGUGCAAGUGGUAGUGGAAAAGAUGCUGGUGGUGGCAGUGGAUCUCAUGAUCAAUCUGCAACCAAAGGGGGUUGA